AUGUUAAUCAUAGCAGGGAUUGACACCACGGCCAUUGCAAUGACAUGGAUAUUGUCCAACUUGAUGAACAGUAGGCACGCUUUGAAGCGUGCUCAACAAGAGCUAGACCUCAAAAUUGGUCUAGACAGAUGGGCAGAAGACUCUGAUAUGGAGAAAUUAAACUAUCUCCAAGCCAUUAUUAAGGAAACAUUUCGUCUGUAUCCACCAGUGCCAAUGUUAAUCCCUCAUGUCCUCAUGGAAGAUUGUUGUGUCAGCGGCUACCACAUUCCACAGGGCACUCGUUUAUUUGUGAAUGCCUGGAAGUUGCACCGAGACCCACGGGUUUGGUCGAAGCCCGAGGAGUUCGAGCCGGAAAGAUUUCUCACGAGCCAUCGAAAUGUGGAUGUUUUGGGACGGAACUUUGAGCUGACUCCAUUUGGUUCUGGUAGACGAUCAUGCCCGGGAAUUAAUUGGACGUUGCAGGCUGUACAUUUGACAAUGGCUCGAUUGCUUCAAGGGUUUGACUUAACUACACCCUUAGAUGCUCCAGUUGAUAUGACUGAAGACCAAGGUGCAAGUGCAAUCAUGCCUAAAGCCACUCCUCUUGAACUUGUCCUCACACCUCGUCUUCCUCCUCAUCUUUAUCACCUCUAG